AUGGCGCGGACCAUGAGACCCGACGACAUCAACCCCCGGACGGGGCUGGUGGUGGCUCUGGUCAGCGUGUUCCUGGUGUUCGGUUUCAUGUUCACUGUGUCCGGCAUCAAGGGAGAGACGCUGGGGGACAUCCCGCUGCUGGCCAUUGGGCCAGCCAUCUGCCUGCCGGGUAUCGCCGCCAUCGCCCUCACCAGGAAGACCGAUGGCUGCACCAAGUGGCCCAAGAACAAGUGUCCGUGCUGCAAGCAAGUCAAGGACCGAGAUGUCAUGGAGCUGCUGAGGACCCCUUCGGACCUGGAGUCUGGCAAGGGAAGUUGCGAUGAGCUGGCCAAAAAAGCGUACCAGAAGGAUGGGAGGGUGCUGCCAGGUGAGGACUCUGUGUCCAUCUGCACCACUACCACCACCACCACCGUGGGAGAAUGCAAGAGCCUCAUCAGAAAGGUGGAUCAGGAGGAGAUGCUGAGAUACCUGGAGGCCUGUUACCCAGAAAUGCCGGGGAAUGUCUUUGUGGGAGAUGGCUCCAUGUACUUGGAGAAGAAGAGCUCUUCUCCCACCAGGGACAGCACAGCUUCCCCCGACAUUGAAGACAACAUUUUUGUUGCUCCUAAAGACAGUAUCAUUGUCUGCUCUUACAAAGAGAACAGCCCUUAUGACAGAUACUGUUGUUAUGUAAAUCCUACUGGAGUCAACUCAGACCAGGAGACCAUAGUGUGA